AUUUUUGUUGUUUUCCUUUUACUUUCCCCAUCCAUUCCAUUUCCUCUCCCGCACAGGAGAGCCCUUCUUCAACAAUAGCCAAUCACCUUCUUCUUGUUGCUGCUUACUUCAGCCUUCUCUACCCCUCUUCUUCUUCCUUAGCCAGAAACUUCUAGCCCAAUUGUUAUCUGUUCCACCGUUCUCAUUCCCUGUUAAGAUGGUGAACAAGUGAAGAAGGAGAGACGGUGAGAAUGCCGACCCAAACUCAAAGGGAAAAGAUCACCACCAGCUUUAGGUCUUCUCCUAUGAUGAGUAUGAGUCGAAUCCGAUUAGAUCCAUCGAAAAAGUGGGAGAACCGGAAGCAUAGGGGAGAGAAUGAUGUUGGAAAGAAUGGGGGAAGUUCUCCACCAAGGAUUUUUGUUACAAGAAAUCAGAGGACAUGGACAAGGCGCCACUCUGGUGUUCAAUUGAUUUUUUUUUUUUGGUAAACCAAGUGAAAAGAAGAAAGCUUACGGAAGAGAAUGGCAUCAUCGAGUCAUAUGGUGGUACUUUGUUUUCUUAAUCUGUUAUGCAUUAUCAUGUGCUGUGGAUACUCCUAUAUGGGAAAUGUGUUUUACUGUUAUUUGUUUGGUUAAUAUCUGCCAUUGGGUGGUUUUAUAUCAUACUAUCUUCUAUUGCCAAACAACUGUUAUAUCGUUGUUGUUACUUCUAUUGUGUUUUGACUCACAACUGCAUGAAGUUUUU